AGGAGCACGGCUACGGAAACCACAACGUCACCGCGGGCGUCAUCUUUGUUUCUUCCAUGAUCGCGCUGUUGGGGGUGCACCUUCACUCGAGAGUUGUCUGCAACGAGCCCACGGACUCGAUGCUCUCGUCCAUCUCGUACUUCGCGCACGGGCUGAUAGGCUGGACGUUCGUCGCGGUCAUCUUGGAGGCCAUCGCUCACGGCAAUGGAGCACCGCCCCAGGAGUGUGAUUAUCUGCAGAACGUGCAGAGAAGUGGUGAGGACGUUCCUGGGGACAGCCUCUCCGCGGACGGGUACUCGUUGUGGCACGUCGGGAUGACCGUCCUCUGGUUGGUAUGGAUCACCUGCGUGGCCUCGGCCUCCUUCCUGGCGAAGAAGCUCGGCCUCCAGCAGACCCGCCCGCGCGGGUCCAGCACGGCGGCGCCCACGCCGACGGGCAGACCGGCCACCGACCCGUGCGGGGUGGCGCAGAUUGUGGGGACGCCGAUCAUCGAGCAGAACGGCGACUCCGGCGCUGCCUCCGCGUCGGCCGUCGGCAUGGACGGCGUCGCGAUGGGCAUGCCCGUUGGCGGCUCCGCGGGUUCGGCGCCAUCUGGGAGCAGCGGAGGCGGAAAGGUGGUCUGAGCCGUCUCUCGCCGUGCCCGCCCUGCGGGCCCGAGCCCGCCGGAGGCGCCUGCAGGUGCCGCGCCCAGGCGCAUGGACGCUCAUGUUGCUGCUGCUGCUGCGGCUGCGGCUGCGGCUGCUGUUGCUGUUGCUGCUGCUGUUGCAGCUGUUGUUGCUGCUGCCGUCGUUAUUGUUGUUGUUGUUGUUGUUGUUGUUGUGGUUGUUGUUGUUGUUGUUGUGGUUGUGGUUGUUGUUGUUGCUGUUG